AUGUAUGGAGUCAACAGCUCCAGGCUGACACCAAGAUACUUCAUUCUCAAUGGGAUUCCUAAACUGGAAGCUGCACACACCUGGAUCUCCCUGACAUUCUGCAUCAUGUACAUCAUUGCUGUCCUUGGGAACUGUGGGCUCAUCCACCUCAUUAGCCACAAGGAGGUCCUGCAUCGGCCCAUGUACUACUUCCUGUCCUUGCUGUCCCUUACAGAUGCUAAUGCAUGUACUUUGCAUGUCCCUAAUGUUAUGUAUCUUUGGUUCAAUCUCAAAGGGAUCGACUUUAAUGCCUGCCUUAUGCACGUGUUUUUCAUCCACAUGCUGACAAGUAUGGAGUGUGGUGUGCUCAUGCUUAUGGCCUUGGACUGCUAUGUGGCUAUUUGCUAUCCUCUGCGCUAUUCUACCAUCCUCACCAACACUGCGAUUACCAAGGUUGGGUUUGCCACCUGCAGUAGAAGUGUGUUGCUCACAAUCCCAUUUACUUUCCUGAUCACACAUCUCCCCUUCUGCAGGGGAAACCUCAUCCACCACACCUACUGUGGCCACAUGUCAUUGGCUAAAUUAUCCUGUGGCAACAUCAAGAUUGAUGCUAUCUAUGGUCUAGUAGCUGUCAUAUUGAUUGCAGGAUUUGAUAUUUUCUAUACCUGCAUGUCUUACAUUCUGAUUAUCUGUGCUGUAGUAAAUCUGUCAUCUGCAGAUGCUUGCCACAAAGCCUUUAGCACCUGCACAUCACACAUAGGUGCUAUUGUUAUCACCUAUGUCCCAGCCUUCUUUAACUUCUUCACUCAUCGCUUUGGGGGACGCUCCAUACCUCACCAUGUUCAUAUUUUCAUAGCCAACCUCUACAUGUUGCUGCCUCCCACUUUGAAUCCAAUUGUUUCUGAAAUGAAGACCAAGCAGAUUCAUGAAGGAGUGAUCAAAUUAUUUUUUACAGAGAAAGAUAUUAUGAGUAUGAGCUAA